CCUUAACUUAUAUAAUUAAAUGUAGAAUUCAAGCUUAAAUUAUUCCGAUCUAAUAAGGUUUUUAGCGUUACGCUAACGCUUAUUAUCUAAAAACACAUCCAUAAGGUCAAAAUUUUACCUAACCUUAUCAGGCAUCAAUAUUAAUUAGAGCAAGCAAGAAAGAAAGAAAGAAGAGAAGAGAAGACAAGUAUGUCUAUGACAAGCCAUAUUGAUCAAGAAAUCUUGACAGAGAUUUUGAAAAGAUUACCAGCAAAAUUGCUUGUACAGUUCAGGUGUGUGUCCAAAUCAUGGUACUCUUUAAUCACCAAUCCAACUUUCAUUUCCAUACACACUAAAUACAUUCUUGAGAACAGCACAAACUCUAGUGCUGCUGCUACUGUUACUACUACUGCCACUACUAAAUUGCUACUUAGGCACUAUUCUUCGAUUAACAAGAAGGAGAUAUACACAAUACAUGGAAGCUCACUUGGUCAGUACUAUCAAGAAUUUGUUUUCCCAUUUAAGAGCUACUCGCAGUACUUUGAAAUUGUUGGUUCUUGUAAUGGUGUUCUUUGUCUUUCAGAUACUUAUCGUGUCAAUUCUCACACCAUUAUUUUAUGGAAUCCAACAAUCAGAAAAUCAGUGAUCCUGCCAUUACCCUGCAUAAAUUUUGAUCAAAUAUAUAUGUUUGUUCUUGGGUUUGGAUUCGAUCCAAAGAGCAGUGAGUACAAAGUGGUCAGAGUUGUGUACCGUAUGAGAGAAAAUGGCUGUAAAGUAGAUAUUAGACCUCAGGUUGAAGUGUAUGAGCUAGGCAUGAAUGCUUGGAGAAGCAUUAUUGUAAGUGCUGCUCCUCAGUAUGUGAUAUCUGAACUAUCACUACAGGUUUUUCUGAAUGGUGCUGUGCAUUGGAUUGGGUAUAAUCCAAGGCAUGAAGGCAGUGAUUUUCGCGAUUUGAGCAUGGUUUUGUUCGACAUGGACAAAGAAGUGUUUGAUGAAAUGAAGCUGCCAGAUAGUGUAUGCGGUUUGUCUGUGCUAGAUUUGUCAGUUGUUGCUUCUGGCAAAGUGCUUUCUUUAGUACAAUAUAAUCGUCAUACGCGCAGCCAAUGGAUACAAUAUGGGAGCUGCUCCUUUUGGGUGAUGAAAGAAUAUGGUAAGGUUGAAUCUUGGAGUAAGCAAUUCACUAUUGAUUUACAAGGUGGAGUGCGGAAGUCAUUAGGCCUUGGGAAUAACGGUCAAAUGCUACUUGUAGCGAGCAAUGGAGAAUUGGUAUCAUAUGAUAGCCAAAAUCAGGAAACUAGUCAUCUUGGGAUCCAAGGCAUCGCCAACUCCUUUCAUUUGGAGGCUUACAUUGAAACUCUGGAAUUGCUGAACCUUGACAAACAGAAAAAUGACAAGAAGCCACUGAGUUGGUAGCUCAGCAGCUAAGUGCCUUUCAGAAUGCAGCAUGUGUGGUGUUUUUCUUUUUGGUGUGCUUCAACCUUGGCAAUAUAAACUCUUUAUCUAAUGUUGCUAACAAGAAAGCUCCACCAUUCCACCCUGUGUCCAUAUCCUAAAAAUGGUAUUGAAUAUAUCAUUAUUAUGUAAUAAGUAGCCCCCAUAUGCAAUAGAUUUUAUAUGGUUCCUCAUUGGUAUUCUA